AUGAAAUAUCAUACCAUUCCAGAACCAAUCAACACCAAAAUCCUCCUCAUAUCAGAAACACACGGCCAACCACCACUCUCAAACUCCAUCACCGAACACAUCGACGUAGCCAUUCAUUGCGGCGACCUCACCAACGAAUCCAAAAUCGAAGAGUUUCAAAAUAUGCUGCGCUACAUCCGAGAAGAUCUUCCUCAAACAGAUCUCAAACUUGUAAUUGCCGGCAACCAUGACUUUACAUUGGAUAUCCCCGCGUUUAAAAAUAUAGUUGCUAACGCCAGACCGGUUUUGGAACCGGAACUAGCAGGCAAUGGUGAUGCCGAUGACAAUAUAUUUCUUUUAGACGAAGAAGGGACAUAUGAAUUUCAGCUCCGAAACGGCGCUUUGUUGCGUGUCUAUGCAAGCCCCUUCACUCCCUCGUUGAGCGGCGACUGGGGCUUCCAAUAUCACCUCAAUCAAGGUCACACGUUUGAUAUACCGGACAAUGUCGAUGUGGUGAUCACCCAUGGACCCCCGCGGGGCAUUCUCGAUUACAGCGCGAACUCGAGCAGUAGAGCCGGCUGUCCGGAUCUGUUUCGUGCUGUUGCUCGUGUUCAGCCGAAACUGCACUGUUUCGGGCAUAUUCAUGAAGGUUGGGGAGCGAAAUUGAGGGCGCGACAAGAUCGGCGGACAGGUGAUUUGGUUUACUUUUCUGCUGAUGCCCCUGGCCUGAAUCGACAAGAGCAGAUGUUGUUUGUGAAUGCUGCGCUUCAGGGGGAGACUGGAAUUGGCCAAAUACCGUGGCUCGUCAGUGUGAAACUCCCCUGUGCACAGAUAGAUUGA